AUGGCAGAAAUUCCGGAACCAGCAAAUGACAACACCAACAAAACCCUCCGGGAUAUGAUGUUUCUGAACAACCUAAACCUCCGGCCGUCAGCUAUAGUACUAUCGGAGAUCACUGGAAAUUGGGAGCUGAAGCAUACACUGAUUCAAAUUUUGCCCAAGUAUAGUGAUAUGCCCGGGGAGGACCCUCAAAGGCAUCUCCAGGACUUUGAGAUGGCAUGUGGAACAGUGCGCACCGCAAGUCAAGCACUUGCCGAGUACAUCCGACUCCUCACUUUUCCGUUCUCUCUAUUAGAAGGAGCGAGGGAGUGGUUGUACGAUUUACCCGAAGGAAGCAUUCGGACCUGGCAGGAGUUGCAGAGCAAGUUCUUGGAGAAGUAUUUUCCAGCCGCCCGAAUCCAAAACUUGAGGACCCGGAUAAGCAACAUCAAGAUGAGAUCGGGAGAAAUCCUCUACGAGUAUUGGGGGAGGUUCAAACAAAUGUUGGCCCAAUGCCCGCAACAUCAAAUACCGGAUCAUGACAUUAUUCGGUAUUUCGUGGGAGGACUUCGAAGGCAAGACAUGCAAUGGUUGCACGCCGCCUGUGGAGGAUCGUUCCUAAACAAGUCUGCAGCGGAGGCUUUCAAACUCAUAGCCGAUAUGGCCGAGGAAUCAAGGGAUGAGGAAGAAACAAUAGUCAGAACUGCUCCGACACCAAACCCUUCUGCCCAAGACGAUAAGUUGGAUAAGCUAUGCAACAUGUUUGAGAAAUUCAUGACGAACCAAGAAACAUCCAACCAAGGGACCCCCAACAUCCGGAAACCUAUGAAGACAUGCCAACUUUGCAUGGAAAAUUCACAUGCAACUGAUGAAUGCCCACAAUUGUUCAAAGAUGAAGAACUUAAUGCCAUUGGGCAACAACCAGGAGGAAAUAAUGGGGGUCAGCAUCAGAAACCCUUCGAACCUUACAGGCAGCAAUACAACAAUCUAGGGUGGAGACAGCACGAAAACCUCAGGUACGGCAAUAACAACUUUUUGGGACCAAACCAAGGGCAAACGAGCAAUCCACCACAAUAUUCGCAACAACCUCAACAUGCAAGAAGGUCCUCCUUGUCAAAACUUGAGCACCAAAUGGCGCAACAACAACUGAAAUUCCAGCAAGAGACUGAAAAAUUCAUAAUGGAGACAAGAGGAGGGAUGCAGAAUGUGAAUGCCCAAUUGUCACAUCUUGCCCAAGCGGUAGCUCGACUUGAAAGCAAACAAGGGGAACUUCCGUCCCAAGUGGAGGUGAAGAAAGUAAAUGCUAUGAUACUUAGAGGUGGCAAGGAAUUACCCGAGGUUGUUGGAAAGAAAAAUCAAGAGAAACCAGAGGUUAGUGAGAAAGUUGGAAUGGGAUCGGCAGAUGAGGAAGAACUUGCCCAAGAAAGAGAAACCAAGAAGAAGGCAACAGGGAAAGACAAAGAGAAAUUGAGCCAGGCUGAGCCCAUAAUCCUCUUCCCAGGCAGAAUGGCCAAAGAACAGAAAAAGGAAGAACUAACCGAAUUGGUGAAAAUCUUCAAAAAGGUGGAAGUCAAUAUGCCUCUUCUGGUCGCACUACGCUCUAUGCCCAGAUGUGCGAAAUUCCUCAAGGAACUCUGCACUCGGAAAGUCAAAUAUACUGAUCAUGCCAAGUUUCAGGUGGGCGAGUUAGUAUCCGCAGUCUUACAAAGAGAUAUGCCCAUAAAGUGUGGGGAUCCAUGA